UCAAAUGAACAGCCAAACAGGCUACUAACUAGAAGAACUCUGUAAUGACUAAACAUUACUUAAAAUGUUGCGUUUUGUACCCAUAAAUCAACAAUCUAAGUUCGUUUAACUUAUUUAUCUACAAAAUACAUAAACUUAAGAUUUCAGAAUCAUGAUUCAUUAAAAUAGCUCACUCUGGUCUUUCUUUGCUGUGAUUGGCCAUGCAAAGGAGUUCUGCCUGGCAACAAGAAAACUAACGCACUGAUUGGUAGAUAAUUGCAGAAGGCGGUCCUCUUGGCUCGGCUGUUGCUGGUGCUGGUGUAGUGAAGUUCUAGCGUUCAUCUUGAGCAGGAGAGAGGAUCCUGUGUGUGUUUACAAACAAACGGCAAUCCUGUAGAGGAUGUUUUGUGGUUUCGGCAGCACGAAUACAUUGAGAAACUCAAUAUGCAAGCUAUUCUUCAUGCCAGCGCUAAUCAAGAGGAGUUUAUCAAAGACCUUUUUGUGUCACUUGGAAAGAUUCCCAUGCUGGUUCAUGGAUUGAUACUCGUUGAAGUUUGGAAGCAGAAAGUGUUCCCUAUCCUCUGCAAGCUUCAGGACUUCAGCCCAAAGAGCACCUUUCCGCUGUACAUGGUGAUUCACCAUGAAGCUACAAUCAUAAAUCUGUUGGAGACGAUCUUAUACCAUAAAGAAUCAUGUGAGGCAGCAGAGGAUACUGUUGUGGACCUUGUCGAUUAUUGCCAUCGUAAACUGACUCUGCUGGCAGGGCGCUGUGCCCGGGGGGAACUCCCCACUGAAGACAGAACCUCACACGCAGAGGUCUCAAACAUGAACUCUGUACCGAAUCUGCAAAACCAGAGCACAAUGUUAGAAUUUGAGAUCUCUCUCAAGGCUCUGUCUGUGCUACGCUACAUUACGGAUCAUGUAGAAAGUUUGAGUUUGAGUGUUCUCACGAGGAUGCUGAAUACUCAUAACUUGCCCUGUGUGCUGGUUCAACUUGUAGAGCAUUGUCCCUGGAGCCGUAGUUCUGGAGGUAAUCUGCAGAAGUACGAGGGUGGGAAGUGGAGAGAGAUCCCUGCAGAGGACAGGCUAAAAAUGACCAAACUGGAAGGGCAGGUGUGGAUUGCUUUGCUGAAUCUACUGCUUAAACCAGACUGCCAGAGGAAAUAUGAUUUCAACAACUUCAACAAAAACCAGCUCUUAAAGCUGCGUGGAUUUUUGACAGAGGUUGUUAUCGAUCAGCUGCCAAAUCUUGCUGAUCUUCAGCGUUUCCUCAGCCACUUAGCUGUUACAGACCCUGCACCUCCAAAAAAAGACCUUAUCCUUGAGCAGCUACCAGAGAUCUGGAAUGAGAUUGUUGCGGAGAAUUCUGGGAAAUGGAAGGCCAUAGCUAAACACCAAGUGAAGAAGGUGUUCAACCCAUCUGAGAGUGAGCUGAGAGAACAGGCAAACAGGCUGGCUGAGACUUAUAAUCUUGAUGUGAUGGAGUAUCUCAUCCCAGAUAAACCGAAGUGUGGUGCGUGUGGAGCAGUGGGGGCCAAGCGUUGCUCCCGCUGCCAGGGAGAGUGGUACUGCAACAGAGAAUGCCAGGUGAAGCAUUGGCCCAAGCACAAACUUGCGUGCCAAAUGAUUGCAGAAGCCUCAGAGAAACUCCAGAAAGAGCUGAACAUCAAGACCUGAGGGACUCCACCACGUACUGACAGGAAAGAGGCAGAGACUUCAUUUUCAGUCUUACAGAGAUCAGAGGAACAAAAUGACUAUAAAUGCCAUUGUCUGAAUGACCUGUGUAUAGCAACAAACACCAGCUUGGCUUGCUGUGGUUUUGAUGGGAAUUGAGGAAGAGUUCACUUUUUUAUUGUAGUGGACUGAGCCUGUGUGUGACUGCAUGCACUGCAGGAACUUAAAUUGAACUUUUUGAACUACCGAGAAUUUUUGAAAAUUAAAAAGAAAUUAUAGGUAUGACCGCCAUUUUGUGUUUUGUUUGUAUGUAACUGUUUUAGAAGAUUUUGACAGUUAAAAGUCUGUUUUGAGUUUUCUGAGCAUAUUGCUUCAAUGUGAAUGUAGCCAUAUUACAGUUUCAUGCAUAGCUCUUUGCUCACACACACACACAACUGAACUGAAUUGAGAGAGAGAUGUAUGUGCGUGUGUUUAUGCCAUAUAUAUAUAUAUAUAUA